ACGCGCGCGCGCGCUCCCCCGCGGAACUCCCGCCGGCCGCCCGGCGCUCUCCCGGAGGCGCGCCCGAGCCGCCGCGGCCGCCGCCAACAUGGCCGAGACGAGCGAAGAGGUGGCGGUGCUGGUGCAGCGGGUGGUGAAGGACAUCACCAACGCCUUCAGGAGGAAUCCGCACAUAGAUGAAAUUGGCCUGAUCCCAUGCCCUGAAGCUAGGUAUAACCGGAGUCCCAUAGUCCUGGUUGAAAACAAACUUGGUGUGGAGAGCUGGUGUGUCAAGUUCCUCUUACCUUAUGUCCACAACAAGCUCCUUUUGUACAGAACAAGAAAGCAAUGGCUGAACAAAGAUGAACUGAUAGAUGUCACUUGCACCCUGCUGCUUCUAAACCCAGACUUUACCACUGCGUGGAACGUGAGAAAAGAGCUCAUCCUCUCUGGCACUUUAAAUCCAAUUAAGGACUUGCAUCUGGGAAAACUGGCCUUAACUAAAUUUCCAAAGAGUCCAGAAACAUGGAUUCACAGGCGAUGGGUGCUACAACAGCUCAUUCAGGAAACCUCCUUGCCUUCCUUUGUGGUGAAAGGAAACUUGGGAACAGUUCCUGCAGAAAGCACACAGAGGCUGAUCCAAGAAGAGAUGGAAGUCUGUGGCGAAGCAGCAGGCAGGUACCCGAGCAACUACAAUGCCUGGUCCCAUCGCAUCUGGGUUCUCCAGCACCUGGCCAAGCUAGACGUGAAGAUUCUUCUUGAUGAACUCUCUUCUACUAAACACUGGGCAUCCAUGCAUGUUUCAGACCACAGUGGAUUUCACUACCGCCAGUUUUUGUUAAAGUCUUUGAUAAGCCAAACUGUGGUAGAUGGUUCUGUAUUGGAGCAAAACCCUUUGAGAAGUGAGCCAGCUCUUCUAAAAGAUGAAGAAGCAGCAGCUUCAGCAGAGGAAGCGAGGAUAAAUCUUCCCCGUCUUCUAGAAGAAGAAGUUGAAUUCAGCACUGAUCUUAUUGAUUCCUACCCAGGACAUGAAACCCUUUGGUGUCACAGGCGGCACAUUUUCUACCUUCAGCAUCACUUAAGUGGUAGGUUUCCUCACAGUGUGACCCAGUUGUCACCUGCAGACAGCCCUGGGGGGACUCGGAGUGACUUGCACCUCAUCCCAGCAGGCCCACACGUGUCUCAGGCCAUGGAGGUGGACGGGCUGAAUGACUGUAGCAAGCAAGGCUAUUCCCAGGAAACCAAACGCCUGAAGCGGACCCCAGCUCCUGACUCCCGGGGCCUGGAAAUGGAGCAUAGGUUCAUCGAUCAAGUAUUGUCCACCUGCCGGAACGUAGAGCAGGCCAGGUUUGCCAAUGCCUACAGGAAAUGGCUGGUUACGUUGAGUCAGUGAAAGAGGUAGAUUAGUUCUGCGAGGCCACCCUUCUAGUGCAGUAUUGCUUUCCUUCUUCCUUACAUAGUUGCACGAACUGUUUGCUAUGAUGUGGUCUUCAUCUUUAGGUUAAAAGUCCGUAGUGAAUGUUUCAUUUAUUUAUUUUGUUAAGAACUGGCAUUCCUUUGGGGAUAAAAUAACUGUGUAGUUUCUUCCUGCUAAACAGUGAGUCUUAAUUUUUUUUUUCUUAACUUCUCAUCCUUUAUAAUUCUGUACGUGUAGCUUCUUCUCAUUUGGUUCUCCUGACUGAUUCACAGACACGUCUACCCACCUCAGUGCAAUUGCUGCGUAGGCUGGUUUUUUGUUUGUUUGUUUGUUUUUAAUUAAAAAUUUAUGUUAUUCAGCUUUAGAAUAAUACAAGCUCAGAAUUACUCAUAUCUAAUUAUUGUUUUGGAAAUCAAGUGGCCAGAUAGAUGGAUUUGUGAAAAUAUAAAUCAUUUCUCUUUCUCUAUUCAAGUUAUUGACCAAUGUAACCAAAGUCAGAAGUAUUAGAAUUUAUAUAAAAACAGGCUUCCAAUGUGUAAUCCAUUUUAAAAUGGUUAUUUUAAAAGAAAAAUGAAUUUUAAGAGUUUAUGUAAUUACAGGACUGGGAAAUUAUUUUUAUUACUAGUUUUGAUAGAUUCUUUUUACCUCAAAUUUGGUAUAGGCCAAAAACACUCAAGUUAGCCCAUAUAAACAUCAUUUGUUGUUUAAACCUGAAAUGUCAUUUUUAGUUCCUACUACUUAUUUCCCUUUUAAAUUCACCAUGAAAAGUGGGGAAAAUAUGCAUGGAAAUGUAUCCAUAAAAAUCUUUCUUUUUAAAAAUUUAAGUUCCUGAGGAUAUACUUAAACUACAAAAUUUUUAUGAAGCGAUUGUUAAAAGUUUGCUGGUAAAUGCCAGAGGAGAGAAUAGCUUUUGAAGAUUAAUUCUUCAACCUUUGUUUAAAAAAAAAAAAAAAAAACUUAAAGACUUUGAUAUUAAACUUAUCAGGGAUGAGGUACCAAAGUAGCCACCUCACAGCUAUAUCUUAUCUUUUCAAUAAUAAGGGCUGGGUUUUUCAGGUCUGUGAGGCAGGGUGGGAAAAGGGCCUGUAAUGUUUACUUUCUUAAUCUAUUUUCCCCUAUAUAAAUGGUCUGUGUUUGUUAUUUCCUCUCCACAUAUCCUUUUCUUUAUUUUCCCAAUCCAUUCCAUAUUUUUUGACACUUUUACUUUUGUAUGUUUUUCCUUAAUUGUCUUCUUUUGAGGUUGUGUACUGAAGAUACUCUCUAUCCUCUUUCCACGGAGUUUCAUUCCCCAUUAAACACACACACACACACACACACACACACACACACACAAAAUACUAAAAUGAUCUGCCCCUCUAAGUUCCCCUAAUGACAGAAACUGCCUAUUGUCCUAUAUGUGUGCGGAAUGUAAUAGUGGCCGAAGUAAGUGUGACCACCGUACUUUGCUUGCUCUCCUUUUGCCUCGCUAGGUCACCUGUAGGGUGAGGGGACAGACCUAGGGAAAGGCAAACCUCUCCUGUCUUCUAUUAUGGAAAUCCUGGGCUUGAGAGAGGCACACUGCCUUAAGUUUAGGAGAAGAAUGAGUUCUUUUUGUGCAUCAUGAUUUUGAUGAGUAGCAAACUGUCCGGUAAAACUUAAGAACACCAGAAAAAUUGUUCAGCCUGGCUCUUGGUAGACAGAAGCUGCUUUUCUCUCUUGGGGCAAAAUUAACCUUUUAUAGUUUUCAUAGUAUUUAGGUAAGAAAAUAACUGUCAUUAUGAACAUCAUUCUGUGGCCCUUUGUGGACAAAGCCUAUUUUGAAUCAAAUACCUCAAGGUCUACCUAGACCUCUAUGGAUAAAACCAUUAGUUUGUGAUUUUCAGCACCUGCAGGGCAUGGUGGGGAGACUACACAGAGAGGGCAUGAGAGUCAGCCCAUUCCACUAAAUACAUGCUGCCAAAUCCUGGCCUCACUCAGUAUUACCUUUUUUCCACACAUCAGUCUGAGUAUCCCAAGUACUAGGGCUUCUUAUGCUUUGAUGUGAGAGUGUCAGGACAGGAGUAGAGACAAGACCCUGUAAAACAUCAGCUCAGUUUGAUCGCGGCCCCCGCCUUUUUAUAGCCUCCAUCUUUGAUGUUAUCUGUCUUCAUGUGUUUUAAGGCCCUUAAUCCACCCCUUUAUGAAGCCAUGCAGUCCUAUAAGAUACCUUGGUCUCUUGUCUUCCUAAUAACGUUUUGAGUAGGGAGUAAAAAUACAAAUAUCUAAAGGAUAUUUACUGUUUGUGACUUUUAUGUGCUACUUUAUUUCUAUAAUUUGCAUUUUUCAAGUGUUCAUUCACAGAAGAACCUAGUAUUGCCCAAAUGGUUCUGUUUUUCUCUUAAGUGGUUGGCAUCUACACUCAUUAGCUGGGGCGUGAUAACAUCUCUUUGGAUGAGUUUAUGCAGUGGAAAGGUGUGUCUAUUUUCAGGGACUUGUUAGUCUUUUUUUUUUUUCUUUUUCUUAUAAGUAAGUCAUUGUCGAAAAGAUAGUUUGGAUUGACACACAUUUCAUCAAACUUCCAUUGGGAGAAUAGUAGGCUAUGGUACCUUCCUGUGGAUCAAGAACACUACUGACAAGCCAAAAGCAAUAAGAUCUGUAAAUACCUCCACCACCACCACCCUCCCUCAUCCCACCUUUUUUUAAGUACACCUAUUUUGUUAAUAUGGUGUUCUCACAUUAUACUGUGUGCCUUGCACAUUGUGAGGACUCAUUAAAUAUUUAUCAAAUUAAUAAAUGAUUAACUGUUUGAAGAAGGGAGAGAUUGAUCAUGAGUAAUGCAUAGAAUGAGUUAUGAUUGAGAAAUUAACAGAUUAGAGCAAUGGAUUGUGAAUGAAUGAUAUAUUCUCGAUUCAUGAUACUUCAAGUGAGCUUUUACAUAUACAGUAAGGUAGUUUAGAUUUUUUUUCUUCAUUUAUCUACCUUGUUUAAGUUCAUUAAAUCCCAGCCAAGAAAGGCAUUCUAUAAUUAUGAAAUAACUGUACUUUAAAUAUAUAUUAAAAAUUCACAGAACAAAGCUCGUUUGCAUUAAGAACACUACUUUCUGUUCAUUUUUAAUACUGGAGGACAGAUCUUGCCACAGAGCCAGAGACACUGGGGCAUUUGAAGAAAUUCUUUGAUUUCAAAGACUUGGUGAUCUGUAUUUGUGCCUGGAUAGUCAUUUUAUGCUUCUCCUUUUCUCCUCCCCAGCUUGAAUUGUGGACCUUUUAGGUAUUUCUUAAACCUAAUAAAAUAAAAAUGAUCAAUAAGUCAUUUUUUAAAAACUUUAGGAUUAGUUACCUAUUAAUAUCCCCUUUUUCUUUUCUAGGUUUUAGCAUUUUCUAUUACCUCUUUGGAAACCCUGGGCUCAGACUCUAAAUCAUAUCCCUUAUUCCUGUGGUACGGUUCUAAUUAAAUUCAGGACUUCAUUGUUAAUAGGAUAAAACCUAUGCAGGUUGUCACCCAGAGCCAUUUAAAUCUUCAGAUGAGGGCUUAUGUGACACAAGAUAGGAAAACAAAAGUUCCUGGACUUUUCUGUGGCAGUUGAUAAGAAAGCGUAUAUAUGGUGGUAGACUUUGUGUGAUUUCCACGUAUUCAGGUAGUGUCAAUUCAUGCUUAUUAUAUAAGGAGAACUUUUAAUACUGUUGAGAACAAAUUAACAGUAGUAAUUUUCUGUAGCACAAUAUGGUAUCUGGCAUGGGCUAAAUAUAAUUUAGGAGUACAACUGCCUCUUGCUGUACAACAGUGUAAUCUCUUAGUCCCUCUUAAUUAUAGAAGAUACUAAAGAUUUAGUUAAAAAAAAGGAAUAACAUAUAUUCUUUUUUUGCAGAAAGUUUUUGUAAGCUUACAGUUAUUUUGUUACUAGAAAAUUAUAUUUUAAAACUUUAAAGUAUUUAAAAUAUUCUAGAAAAUUUGAACAGCAUUAUUAACUUUUGUCUUCUGAGUAAAUGUCUCAAACAGAACCGUGCAGACCCUGGUACUUGGCAUGCUGCCACCUCCCCGUGCCCACAUGUACUCUCAGUGUGCUCCUGUUGAAUGGAGGUGUACGUGGAGGCACAAGAAGGCAUAGAUAAAUUCAGGGGCAUGAAGGUAGUGGGCAGGAAAAAAAUCAAUCCUGAAAAUUCUUGUCACACUAUGUCUUUUAAAAAUAGCUAAACAUACUGUGUUAAUUUGAGUGCCUUUCUUCUUUCUAGAGGGAACAAGAUUAUAUUUAAUGUUCAGGUAGAAAACAAAGGAUGGAAGUUUUAUCAAACUGUUGAUUGUAAUUCGUUACAUUGAUUCCAGUUAGGUCUGGUCCCAUGGAGUUUGAUCCUUUAAUGAGAUACUGAUAUGAGCAGGUAGGAUGCUUUGGUUUGUAUUUCUUAGUUAGUAUUUUUAAGCAUCCUACCAAGAAGAAUUCAUUCUUUUUCUGUAGCAACUAACUUUUUGGGGGUCAGAGGCAUUGUAUUUAGAGGUAAGCAUGUCUGUAUUUAAGGAACAGCAUGAAGCCUGGGCAGCCCAAGGUCAAGGGAAGGAGUGGCACUGUGCCCUACAAGAAGGCCGAAUGAUUGUUCUAAAUGAAUCUUUUGCCUCAAUUUAAGGACUUUAAGAAUUCCCUUCCAAAUUCCAUGUUGAAGGAAAAAAAGUAAAUACUAAGGUGAAAUUUAAAAUGUGGCAUGUUGUAUUUGGGUAUGGAGAGGGGAGAAAUAGAAAAGUCCCUAUUUCAAGAUAGCAAAUAACUUGUAAUUUCAUAAAAAUAUACAGCUAAAGACUCCAAAGUGCUUUUCCGAGGACUGUUGAAUAAUAUAUUCCUAAAUGGCAGCAAUAUGUCAUAGUUUAUAGUGGAGACAGAAAACCAUUGUGUCAGUUGUAGAUCUGGGGUGUGUGUGUGUGUGUGUGUGUGUGUGUGUGUGUGUCAGGGUGUGCCUCUGGCUCUCAAUUUGAACAUCUGUAUUUUUGUUAGGCCAUGUUAACACUUAAAACCAAACUCUGCUCAAAAAAAAAUAGAGAGCAUUAGCUUAGUCUGGAGAUGAAACUUUGUGCUUCCAAGAAUAUUAGCUCUUUAUAGGUUGUGCUUUUUGGACAAUAAUAUGGUUCACAAAGCUAACCCUGGCAUUUCUUUCAUUAAUCUGUUAUUCCUCAGGGUGUAGAAGAUUUAGUAAAUUUAGGACAAAAUUUUAUAUUCAGUGUCAAAAAAAGAAAAGGCAAAAAUACAUUAAAUAUAUUACUAGCUCUUAAAACUUUAGUAUAGAUAGUAUUUUUUAUAAACCACUACCCGUGCAGUAGCCCCUAGACGCUCUGUGACCGCCUCAUUGUUCGUCUCGCUGCUUCAGUCCCUGUGGCCCUAUUAUGAAUGUUCUCUUACACAUCUCCUAUGGAAACGAUUUCUGUAAUCUAUUGUUUUCCACGUUGGGCAGAAGUUGGGGGUGUUUUAGCUGACAUCAUUCUGUUUUUGGAAAUCCUGUUCAGAAAAUUACUAUCGGUUUUCAACCCGACAACUGUUUUUGGUUCUUAAAACUUCAGCUUCCCUGAAAGAAACCCUGCACGUGUCCAGUACACCGCAUCAUGCCUGGUACCUUGCAGGGAUCCAACAGGUCAGAAUUGCUGAAGGCUAGAAAGUAGCUUAGCUCUGUGUCCUCACCAUUGCCCACAUUCUCAGCUUCAGGAGAAACACAGUAUUGUGCUGAAGAUACACAAUUCGGCUCAAACAUAAAAGGCAAGGUAUACAGCUGCGCAAAACACCGUAAGUGAAAUUUAGAUACUUUGAAGGCAUAUAUGUGUGUGCAUUCACAUACAUGUAUGUGUGGACAUUUAAGUGAGACUUGGAACUUGAACUUAGAUAGUGAUUUUACAGAGAAUUUUAUUUAAAGGGUUUUUAUUUUCGUAUUUGCUUAAAGUGCUCCUAUUUAAAGGUAGUUUUCUUUAUUAAACCAGCCCCCUCGAGCAAAGUUAGAAACCCAGCACAAGUGCCAUUUGCCUGAAUUAACCAGAGAUAUUUGUGUAAACUAUUAUUCUGUCUUUGGAGGAUUAUCAACCAUGACAUUCUGGCUUUUCUUCCAUAUCUUUAGGGAAUCGGUCUUAAUUUUAUGUAUGGCCAUCGCUUCCUCAAAGUACUAUACGGCAUUCUUCAAAUGUUAAUUUAUCCCUGUAAAGUGAUUAGUAAUAAAUCUGAGGUUUUUCAUGCCCUAGGGAUGAACAAUUUCACAUGUUCAAACAGUGACUCACACAGCUUUCUGUUAGAAAUGCUCAUAUAGUAUCAUCCCUCGCUGGUGGAAAGAUACUAUAUGAGCAUUUCUAAUAGAAAUUUGCAUUUGAAGCAGGUGUUUUUUUCUUACCCGUUAAAGAAUGAGUAUAGACUGCAGUCAUAGUAGGUGCUCAAUAAAUAGUUCAUUAUUGAUCUGCCAUCAAACUAACAGUUAUCUUUUCAUGGAGGAGUAUAUUUUUAGAGUAAUAUAUGCUUGGGACUGAAAAACUAUAUCAUUUGACAUGAAUUACUAAGCUUAUUUAGGCUGGAGUUAGUAACAUGUGAUACAAAUACUUUUGUGUAGAACAUGGUCUGAAGGUAGGAGAUGGGAAAAGUUUAAGCAGUAUCUUUUUGUGCAAGACAUUAGUAAAUGUGAGUAAAUGUCCUAAUAGGCUGCUGAACUCGAGAGGGAGUGGCUGUAGACUUCUGCAGUCAAUUUCUGCACUGGUAUACCUAGUAUGACCUAGUAUUACCUGUCUUAGGUACUGCUCAUUUCUCCCCAGAUCUCAGUUGCUUUCCAGUGUCUUAAAAGUGGUAGUGGUGAAAUGUGAAGUUAUUUUCAAUAGCCUGUACUUCCUUGUUUUCUCAGAGCAUCUUUAAUAUGAGGGAGAAAUUUUUAUGAAUGAUAUUUGUUUCAGAAUCUCUUAAUUUGUGGCUUUCAGAGCGUUUUUGACAGCUUGCCCAAUGUGAACACAUUUAAACAGUUUAAAAGCAAACAUUCCAACCUGAGCUGGGAAGAACAGAGUGUAGCACCAGUAUAACUGGGCAUUGCCUCCUGGCGAGGUUCUUGAUGCCUGACUGUGAUGCUGGCUUCUGACUGUGGUGACCACUGUCAGUGUUCUAGUUUGAUGUGUGUUGUUCCUAGGAGAAGGACUAAAUGGGUUCUAGGUUAACUUGUACUUGAGAUGGACAGAAUAAAAACGAUGUGGUAUAAAUAUGCUAGAUAUUUAUGCACACUACUACAGAAACAAAAAAACAGAGGAGGGGAAGAAAAUGAUAAAAGGUCAGUGAUGUUUUUUAUAGCCUCUAAAAAAUUUUUUUUAAUCCAAGUCUCUUGGACACUAAGCGGUUGCUUACUUUAUUUAACCCUGCGGGACUUUAAUUUACGGGAUGGCUCUCAAUACCAUGUGUACUCUGUUUUUAGAAUGGACCAUGUGUAUGAACUUUACAUUGUUGAAGAGUUUUCAGAAAUGGAGUAUUUAGGUUCCAGUUGAUGUUGUUUUAAGAUCUUCCUGUAGGUUGUGGUUAAAUGGACAAGUUACAUAUCUGAUCUGUGGUGCAAAGGCAGAUCCUGGGCAUUAAAGAUAAGUUUGGCUAACUUAUUUUACUGAAGAUACUAAUUGUCUUCCCUCUGAUUGCAUUGCUGUUUCUCUUAAACUACUUUUCUCAAUGUAACAGUCUGCAUUAGACGUUCUUUUAGCUCUCACAGUGUACUAAUUCACAUAUUUUAAGGAUUAAAUAUUUUGUGAAUUCUUUUUAUACUUAAAAUGUAUACCUUGCAGAGGGAUAAAAAUAAAUUUUGCAGUAAAGUAUGUGCAGAGGGUGCUUAUGGUGUUCUGGGACUUAGUUCUCCAGAGUGCUUAAAUUAUGAUGCUAAAUUCGAAGGCUAAUAUGAUGAGUAUAUGAGUAUAGAUUAAUUGUAUUAGCACUGUCCAAUAGAAAUAAAUGGGAGCCACAUAUGUAAUUUUUAAUUUUCUAGCAGGUGUAUUAACAAAGGUACCAGUGACAUUAACUUAUAUUUUAAUUAACCUGGUAUAUUAAAAUAUCAUUUCAGUAUAUAAGCAGUAUACAAAAUUAUGGAGAUAUUUUGCCCUUUUUUUCCUAUUGUAAGUUCUUAAAAUUCAUUGUGUAUUUUGCACUUACAUUGCAUGUCAGUUCUGACUAGCUACAUUUCAAGUGCUCCAAUAGCCAUGUGGCUAAGGGCUGCUAUAUUGGACAGUGCAGGUUCAUAGGGUACAAAGUACGACUUUAUUUUAAAUUGGGAGGUGGUGAGGUAGGCAUGAAAUCAUGGUACUUUAAAAAUUAUUUAGUAUACUUAGAAAAGUAUCUAACAGUUAUCCAUAUUGUCUUCAUUUUAAAUUUGCUGUAGAACUAGCUCAAUCUGUUCCAAUUUGCCAAGCAUUAUUUAAGGAGGAAGAAAUUCCAUGCCAUGUAAAAUACCAUGAUAUGUUCACUAUAACAACACAUUAUUAACACAUUUUUCAAUGUGUUCACUAAAUUCUGUCCUGUUUCUUCAAAAUAAUAGCUUAAAUUGCAUGUUAAUUGUAUAUCUGUACUUGUUUUUAUAUUAAUUCUUAUAAUAAUAUGUAUUAACAAACAGCCCUAGGAUUCUAAUCUUCCUCUGCAUCUGUCUUCCAGUAGUUACUGGUACACUUAUUAAGUUGUUACAAGUGGCAGAAAAGUAGAAUGAACCAUUGGUUUUUUCCAUUAGAUUGUUUUAUCAUGUGAUCAUGUACCAAGCCAGCUAUAAAUUACUGUAUUUCUGUAGACGAUGGAAAAUAGUGUUUAUGUCUUAUCUUUGCUAAAUGUUUGCAAUUUCUAAGUAAACUUUUCAUCUCCUAA